UGCUUGUGAAUGAGGGGUACCUGGAAACCGAUGUAACAUUAUUGUGUGUUUGUCAGUCGGCGUUACAGUUUAGAAGUCUGUGUUGUGCUGUGAGUGUGUUAUGCAGAAGUGCUGAUCAAAAAGAGGCGUUACAGUUAACUGCAGGAUUGCAACUCCGGAGAAAUCAUGUUGGAAAUGAAAUUCCACUACGAGAACAUGCAGUGCAAUCUGAGGCAUUAAUCAAAUAACUUAAUGUGCUUGCCUGCUACUUCUGCUGGAAAUUUUCUUUUGAAAGGACUUGAGUUGAACAGAAGAAGCAGACCGAACAGAGCGAGGGGAUAUAACAGUUUAUGCUUAACUUGCAGAAAAACAAUUAUUGUAAUCUUCAACUCAGAAACGCGGAUGACAUCGUCCUGCGUAUCUACAAAUUACCUGGAAGUAGCUCUGCCACCAUUUAUUCAGAAAAAUUGUGGAUCCGAGAGAACGCAGACGGAACAGUGCUAGUUAAGUGACCUUUUUUAACAACGCAACGUACUCGGGGAUAGAAAGUUUGAAAAAAAAAACGACCGUUUACUUUUAACUAGUGUUUGUUUCUCUUAAUACUUAAACAUAAAUCUAUAGGAACUUUCUUUCAAAGAAGAACAUAAAAAUAUAUUAAAAAAAAAAAAAAAAAAACCCGCAAGCCGACAAGAGCAGCUGAAACCCAGAUAAUGAAGACUCUGGGAAUGCAAUAAAGGGUUAUUUCAAACACACUUUCUUCCAAGAACAUUAAAACAACCGUGUUGACUUUUAAUUUCUUUCAGGAGCUACAUUUAAUUGAAUGCGUUUUGGGCGUUUUUUUUUUCUUUAGAGAUAGAGCGGAACAUUUUUUUGUGUUUUUACGGUUUGAAAAAAACACCCCUGACCUAAAUAUGUUGAUGUUUAAGAAAGAAAAUUGCUUUUCCUGGACUGUUUGUGUGUUGGCUCUGUGUGCCUUGUUCAGCCCGCAGAAGACGACUGGACAGUAUCACGGAGAGAAGGGCAUUUCAAUUCCAGAGCACGGGUUUUGCCAGCCGAUCUCAAUUCCGCUGUGCACGGACAUUGCUUACAAUCAGACCAUCAUGCCCAAUUUGCUGGGUCACACGAACCAAGAGGACGCCGGGCUGGAGGUGCAUCAGUUCUACCCCCUGGUGAAGGUCCAGUGCUCUCCCGAUCUCAAGUUUUUCCUGUGUUCCAUGUAUGCCCCGGUCUGCACUGUUUUGGAACAAGCCAUCCCGCCUUGCAGGUCUCUUUGUGAGCGAGCCAGGCAGGGCUGCGAAGCGCUGAUGAACAAAUUCGGAUUUCAGUGGCCGGAGAGACUGAGAUGCGAGAAUUUCCCAGUGCACGGCGCCGGGGAGAUCUGUGUCGGACAGAACACCUCAGAUACCGGCAGCCCGACUCCUUACCCGUCCCCCUACAUUCCGGACCUGAUCACGCUGCCGCCCAACACAGGCGGCCGACCAAGUCAGCCUUUCUCGUGUCCAAGGCAGCUCAAAGUCCCCACAUACCUGAACUACCACUUUUUGGGGGAGAAAGACUGUGGCGCCCCCUGUGAACCAACUAAACAGAACGGGCUCAUGUACUUCAAAGAAGAGGAAGUGAAGUUUGGCAGGUUGUGGGUUGGUAUCUGGUCCAUCCUGUGCUGCGUCUCCACACUGUUCACUGUGCUCACCUACCUGGUUGACAUGAGGCGCUUCAGAUACCCGGAAAGGCCCAUCAUUUUCCUGUCCGGCUGCUAUUUCAUGGUGGCAGUGGCCUAUGCCGCUGGCUUCUUCUUGGAGGAGAAGGUGGUCUGCAUUGACAAGUUUGUGGACGAUGGCUACAAAACAGUGGCACAGGGGACCAAGAAGGAAGGCUGCACCAUUCUGUUCAUGAUCCUCUAUUUUUUUGGCAUGGCGAGCUCCAUCUGGUGGGUCAUCCUAUCUCUUACCUGGUUCCUCUCAGCUGGAAUGAAAUGGGGCCAUGAAGCCAUUGAAGCCAACUCCCAGUACUUCCACCUGGCAGCCUGGGCAGUGCCAGCCGUCAAGACCAUCACCAUCUUGGCUAUGGGACAGGUGGACGGGGACCUCCUGACUGGGGUGUGCUACGUUGGCAUCUACAACGUGGACUCCCUCCGCGGCUUUGUCCUGGCGCCCCUGUUUGUCUACCUCUUCAUCGGUACCUCCUUCCUCCUCGCCGGCUUCGUCUCCCUCUUCAGGAUCAGGACAAUCAUGAAGCACGACGGCACCAAGACGGAGAAGCUGGAGAAGCUGAUGGUUCGGAUCGGAGUCUUCAGCGUCCUCUACACUGUGCCGGCCACCAUCGUCAUUGCGUGCUACUUCUAUGAGCAGGCUUUCCGGGAGCAGUGGGAGAAGACCUGGCACAAGCAGACCUGCAAAAGCUUCGCGGUCCCCUGCCCUGGCAACGACUUCGCCCCCAUGACUCCAGACUUCACAGUUUUCAUGAUCAAGUACUUGAUGACCAUGAUUGUGGGGAUCACUUCCGGGUUCUGGAUAUGGUCUGGGAAAACCUUGCAGUCCUGGCGCAGGUUUUACAGCAGACUCAGCAACAGCAACCAAGGCGAGACCACUGUAUGAACUCUGCAAUCUGGGUUGGCAAACCAGAACAGUACUGCAGCUACUGCUAACUGAGACGUGCCCAGCUCACCAAGGCCAAGCCUAGGUUUUUGUAUCAGAAAACUACCACCAUAGUAGUAAUCAUGGCCUUACCAUCCCAAGUUAUGUAACAAGUUUUAAACUGUUUAACCACAGUAUGGCAUUGCAAUUUUGUGGACUGUUGUCAGCCAAUCAGUAUUUGAUCAGCAGUGGUCGAAAUGUGGUGUUUUGGGGAACAAAUGUUCUAAGACUGCAAAAAAAAAAAAAAAAAAAUAAAGUAUUGAAGUGACUUACGUUCCAAAUUUGAGGAACCCUAUAUAGGCCUAUUUUUUGUUUUAAUGUGAAACUCUGGCAUUCUGCUCUUACUGUGCCAAGAAAUGUAAUGCCUGUAUCUGUUGCCAAUUUAGAGCAAAUUGGUGUAGACAUCCAGUCACUGCAUAAUAUAGGGGGUGGGAGGGGGUGGCUUUAUGGCAAAGUGUGCUUAACCUUAACUGAACAGUAAGAAUUUCCAUGAUUCUUCUAGGAAUUCAGCUGUUUCCAGAGCUGCACAUUUUUGUUAGAUUUUUCUUUUUUCCACCUUUCUCUCAAGCAGAGGGGUGAGGGUCUAGAACAAAGUAGGUGGUAUUAAUUAGUGUCCCACAUUUGUUUAUGGGAGUCUGUACACUACAACACUUUGAUUCCAAGUGCUGAUUUGUUGAUCCUGUAUCUUUUAUGCAGUGAUAGAUCACAAUUAAUGUUAAGAUUCUUAUCAUUUUUAUAUGAUGUUUCUAUAACCCCCGCUAUACUUGUUUCCUCACAGAUUAAUACAGUUCAUUUAAUAAAGUGUUUCUAUAUCCAAAAAGAUCAUCUUCUUGCCAUUAACUUGUGAGAGCUUAGAACGUUGGUUAAUU